AUGUCGCAGUGUUUAUUUAAUGAUAACGACGAUGAAGAUAUUAUUCUUUCACAAAAUUUAGACGAUAUAGAAAAGGAAUUAGCAGUGAUAAAUAAUAUUGAAUUGGGUAAUGAUAAAAAUGGUUAUUACAUACGAUACAUAGGCAGAAACAACAAAACAUUUACUGGUGGUCUAGCCCAUUUGAAGUUAAAGAACAAAGAUAAAAAGCAUUAUUGUACUAAUUACGGAGGUCAAAGAUGUUUAUAUACAGUAUUUAAAACCUAUUUAGACGCGAUAGAAUCUGGAAUGUUUUAUAGAAAGCCAUUACAGAAUGGCAUAAGAUACGGAAAGCAGCCUGUUGGGAUUGAUAAAUUAGGUAAUUUCAUGAAAGAAAUGUGUCAACAAGCUGGUUUAGUCGGAAAUUACACUAACCACUCCGGUAAGAAGACCUGUGCUACUGAAAUGUACCGCAAUGGUCAAGAUGAACAAUCCAUCAUGGAGGAACGCACAGGUCAUAGACCUGUCGAAGCGUGUAGGGUUUACAAAAUUAAAUCCGACGAGUUGCAGAAACAGGUUUCAAGUGUUUUGGAGGCGCCAAUAAGUGCUAAAGAGAGUAGUGAACCUGUUUCUAAAAAAAAGCGAAAAUUUCGGUUUCCCCACCCCCACUGA